UAUCUCUUUGCCUUACCGAUUCAACUCACAGCUGGAAUCACGCACUUUUCGAAGGCAGCUCCUUUCACGUUCAUUUAGUUUCCUCCGCUGACAUGGCAGAGGCACCUAAAGCCAAUCUCUCCAAGCGACCAUAUGAUACGCAGCUAAAGAAGCGCAACAUUUACGAUGACGGAGCUGCAGAAUUGAAUGAAAAAGACAUUGACAUUGAGUAUGAGGAAGAGAGUGUUGGUGUGCAAGAAAGAGAUUUCAAACAUCGACAGGUGUUCAAAGGUUGGACCCUCCUCUGGUUGGCAUACCAGUCUACAGGCGUCAUCUAUGGGGAUAUCGGAACCAGUCCGCUUUACGUUUACUCAUCCACGUUCUCUUCCGAGCCUUCGCACGAAGAUCUUCUCGGCGCAUUAUCACUGAUAAUAUGGGCUAUGACAUUGUUCGUCACCGUCAAGUAUGUCCUCAUCGUACUCCAUGCCGACGAUGAAGGCGAAGGCGGCACAUUUGCCAUAUACAGUUUGCUUUCGCGCUAUUGUCACAUAUCCAAGACAGAUCCCAAGAAAAAGAACAUGCAGAGGCUUCAAAGAUACGGAGCGGACGUAUUACCGCCUGGCAACCUUUCAGUGAGGACAUUUUUGGAGGACAAUCGUUUUAUGCACGGAAUCCUCAAAGCUCUAGCUGUAUUCGGUGUCAGUCUUAUCCUGGCAGACAGCGUUCUGACUCCCGCACAAUCGGUGCUUGGAGCUGUUCAAGGCCUCAAAGUUGUAAACGAUGGUCUGGGAACCGACGUCAUUGUCGGCGUUUCUUGUGCCAUUCUUGUCUUACUCUUCACGCUCCAGCCACUUGGUAUUUCAAGGCUUGCCAACUUCUUCGCGCCUGUCGUUAUCUUAUGGUUACUCUUCAACCUAUCUUUUGGAAUCUAUAACCUUGCGCAGUAUGACUGGACUGUCCUGAAAGCGUUCUCGCCGUAUUUUGCCGGCGCGUUCAUGGUCCGCAACAAAACCGACGGAUGGCUUUCCCUUGGUGGAAUCCUGCUUGCAUUUACUGGUGUUGAGGCUCUAUUUGCAGACAUUGGCGCAUUUUCCAGGAAGGCCAUUCAGAUUUCAUGGCUCUGCCUCACAUACCCCUGCCUUCUGCUCGCUUAUAUUGGGCAAGCCGCCUAUAUUUUCCAGAACCGCGGAGCAAUUUCGAACCCGUUUUUCGAGAGCGUACCGCCAGGCAUGUUUUAUCCUUCGCUAGUCCUCUCCAUCCUUGCCGCUAUCGUUGCUUCUCAGGCCCUCAUCACCAGCGCUUUUCAGCUGCUGUGCCAGGUCAUGAACACCAGCUACUUCCCACAGAUCAAGAUGGUGUAUACCAGUGAAAAGUUUCACGGACAGGUCUACAUCCCGAUGGCGAAUUGGCUGAUGAUGAUUGGCACGAUUAUCGUCACUGCUGUAUACAACAACACAACAAAGCUGGGUCACGCCUACGGCUUCUGCGUCAUCCUCGUCACGUUUAUCACCACCUGCCUCGUUGCCCUCGUCGCCUUGAUCGUCUGGCGGAAACCCUGGUACCUUGUGCUUCCCGCGUGGAUUAUCUUCGCUACACUCGACGGCCUAUUCCUCUCCUCAGCAGCCACAAAAUUCAUCGAUGGAGCCUGGUUCACCUUCGUCCUCGCCAUCAUCCUCGCUUGCGUCUUCAUCCUGUGGCGCUAUGGAAAAGAACAGCAAUGGGCUGCCGAAGACAGGAACCCACUGAGCCUGAAGGACCUCGUACUGCGAGACGCGGACGGCAAAGCGCGGUUGCAUGGAAGAUACGGGGGUGGCGAAAUCUACACCAUCAAAGGCCUCGGCAUCUUCUUCGAUAAAGCCGGCGACAAAGUCCCCACCGUCUACGAGGAGUUCCUCCGCAAAUUCGAAGCGCAGCACGACGUGCUCGUGUUCCUACACCUGCGCGCACUGCACGUUCCGCACGUCCCAGAAGCAGACCGCUACGCCGUGGCUCGCACUGCCCACCCCUCGUGCUACCGCCUCACCAUCCGCCACGGCUACAACGACCACCCCAUCAACGCGGACCUCGGCGCGCUCGUGUACGAGCAGCUGCGCGGCGCCAUCGUGCGCGCUGGCGCCACUGCCACGGCCUCUAGCCCCUCUGACCCUUCUCACUCCAACACCCCUUCCGCCACUCAGGAAAUCGAAGAGGAAGCACCGCCCGUUGCGACCAUAAAUAGUCGUCUAGCAGCCCUGACUCGCGCUUACUCCACGCAAACAAUCUACAUAGUCGGCAAAGAGCAGCUGCGCCUCGUGCCGGGUACGGGGCGCAUGGCGUGGGUUAAAUACGCGGUGCUGAGCGUGUUUGUCUGGAUGAGGGAGAACUCGCGCGCAAAGGUCGCGAAGAUGGACGUUCCGGUGGAAAGGGUUGUCGAGGUGGGGUUUGUGAGGGAGGUGUAGUUGGGGUGUUGGUGGUGAGGGAGGGGAAGGAAGAGGUAGAGAGAGGACUGGGAGAGGGAGGAAGAAUGAAAAAUGGACUUUAGGGGGACGGGAAGUUUGGACAAUGUGGUUUAGGAGUGGUUUGUUGAGAUACGUACGAAAAUGCGGCAUUGUUGAGUCACUGUCGAGUAUACGGCCUCGCAGCGUCUAAACAACCACAGAAAUCUAAUUAACCCAAGGUCGCCUACCACGGCUCAUUUCUCAGACCAGGG